ACUUCCGGGUCGGCGGGGAUCCCUGGAAGCGGAAGUGGGCCAUUGCUGCCGUUCACCUCCGGAAGCGGAAGUGUGAAGGCAGCAUCCGGAUGCGGCGCGGUGCCUAGGCCCGGCCCGGCCGCAGCCAUGGAGGCGGCGGAGCUGGAGCGGGGCCGCAAGAAGCGGCGGCGGGAGGAGCCGCGGAGCCCCCGGCGCGCCCGCUCGGCCCGCGGCAGCCAGUCCCCGCCGGCCGACGAGGGGCGCGGCCCGCACCAGGCCGCCCGCAGCCGCGACAGGGCCAGCAGAUCACCGGGCAAAAGAAAAAAUAAAUCCUCCAGUCGAAGAAGCAAGUCUCCUCGCAAUCGAAGAAGCAGAAGCCCUCAUCAUGUUGUGGUCAAAGUAAAGCAGGAGCGAGAUGAUCAUUCCCGCAGAGGACACGACGAACGAAAGCACAGAGACCAGCCCGAACAGGAACACAGACGAGAGCGAGACAGACACAGAGACCAUUCGGACAGAAGGAAAAAUUCCAGUGAAAGGCCUGGAGGUCGAGGUCACGAGAGAGAGAGGGAUUCCCAGAACCUCCGUGAGCAGCAAGCAGAGAGGGAAUUUAACGAUGAGAGAAGACGUGAAAAUCGACAAAAGAACGAAGCGAGCAACCCUGAACUUGGCAACCCUGAACUUGGCAGAUCAGACAGUAAAACUAAAGACAAAGAGCCAGCAAACAAAGAGAAACCAAGCUUUGAACUGUCUGGCGCACUUCUAGAGGAUUCAAACACUUUCCGCGGCGUCGUGAUUAAAUACAGCGAGCCCCCAGAAGCUCGGAUUCCAAAGAAACGAUGGCGUCUCUACCCCUUUAAGAAUGACGAGGUGCUCCCAGUCAUGUACAUUCACAGGCAGAGCGCUUACCUCCUGGGCCGGCACCGAAGAAUUGCCGAUAUCCCCAUCGACCAUCCAUCUUGCUCCAAGCAGCAUGCUGUGUUUCAGUAUCGGCUUGUGGAGUAUACGCGGGCUGAUGGUACAGUUGGCCGCAGAGUAAGGCCUUAUAUCAUAGAUCUUGGCUCCGGCAAUGGUACUUUCUUAAAUAACCAACGGAUUGAACCUCAGCGUUACUACGAACUGAAGGAGAAGGACGUGCUGAAGUUUGGGUUCAGCAGCAGGGAAUACGUUCUUCUCCACGAAUCUUCAGAUAAAUCCGAGGCAGACGCGAAGGAGGAGGAAGUGGAGGAAGAGGAGAAGUCUGACAACAGUUAACGGAUCUGGAAGAGAUUCCAAAAGUCUUUUUUUGCAGUAGAACUUGAAACUGGUAACGAAUGUUGGAGCAUCAUAGCACUGAUGCUGCUUAUUGCCUUAAAGUCUUUCCUUUGUUGCUCAUCAGUUCUUGUUUUAGUUUGUUUUGGGGAACUCCUGACCGACUUGUAUUCUGUCAUUAAGAACCUUGUUAAGCUUAUCCGGAAAUCCGCCUUUGUUUUAAGCUGAUUAUCUCUAACGAAGAAGGCGGGCACCUGCAAGUGAAAGCCUUGGAGUUGAAGUUAUUUAACAGAUUGUAAAAUAAGGUCCUACAAUGAUAAACCGCAGAACAAAAUAGCAAUUUUUUUUGGCUAUUCUUACAAAUUUGUUUGUCAGCAACCCAUUUGAAAUCACCACUUGACUGGAAUCCUGGGUAGAAAAAAGUGGUAUGCUUUGUCACCUGUCCAGUUACUUGAUACGAUUUGUUGAAUCGUACGCUUACACUAAUCUCGUAGCAGAGGACUUGACUGGGUUGUUUGUUAAAAGACCAGGUGUGAUGCAAAGUUUUCUGUUUCUCAUUUGAGUAGGCAGUUUGCUUUGAAAGGACUCUUCAGGAACGGGCAUUUCCCCAGAGUACUUGCAAUAGGCAGUGAAGCUUGAAACAACAAGGAAAUGCUUCCUUGGGUUUCGGUUAUGAUACUGUGGCAUGGUGUCUACCGCAGCAUGUUGCUACCGUGUCUUGAAACUGUGGCUGGUAGAGGCUGUCUGGUUUGAAACUGAUCACUUUGUUGUCUUGACAUCUCCACUGCCCCACGAGUCCUUUCACUGGGAUGCUGCAUUAAAUACCGAUGGUUUCCUUGAGGCGGUGACAACAGUGUUUCAACCAUAGUUUGCACUAUUUUUAAAAAUUCUUUAUGAAAACUUUGUACCGUUGUUUGUCUGAAAUAACUCUUGAGCUCCUGUAUGAAACAGAAAACAGUCAAGACUUUAUCAUUGUGAAACCUGUUAGAAAAAAGUCCGUUUCUUGGAAACAUUUAGAUUUGCUUAUAUUCAAACAUUUUUCUCCUGAGUUUUACUUUGUGAUAUAGGAAAUACAACUUCAGUUACUAACUUUCCUCAGUUGUAGCUGUGUUCUGUGGGUGCAUAUGGUCUUCAUAUAUGUUUAUGUAUAUACUUAUGUUGUGUAUUAUGCACAUAAAACUAAGGUUUAUGGUGUAAAUAUGGGUUGUGAUGCAGGUUUUCAAACGGUAGGUAUAAGAAUGUGUUUUGAAUAGUGGGAUCACCUUUAUACGCUCUGGGGUUUUUAAAUAAAGAACUUUUGUAAAUUUUGCCCUACCUGCUUUUAGCUGUAACAUUUUUCUAGUGUCCAUGCUGGUUUUUCUUUAUAUUCCCUUAAAUCGAUAUAAUAUAUAUUUUAAAGGAAAUCCUUUGAAUACAAAGAUGGAGAGGGGAAAAGCUAAUAUAAAGCAUAUACAUUGUCUGUCACUGUUACAUUAGCAAGGAAGAGCGGGAGAGAGAUGUGUGGUUGAGCAGGAACACUUGCGUCCCUUGCUAAUCAAAAGAAUGUGUUGUUGCUGUAGUACUGUCUCUUCAUGGAAACUGAACUACCAGGGUGAUGAGAUGAGAUCUGUCUUGACAAAUGGCAUUCCUGUGACUUCACGUCUUGCAGCGCCAUAUCCUCUGUGUGUGUGUGUGUGUGUGUGUGUGUGUGUGUGUGUGUGUGUACACUUGGAAAAAGGGGUGUUUGUACCUCAUUACCCUAGCCCAGACCAGCACCGGGCACACUUCUCAUAAGGCUGGGUAGGACCUCUCACUCUUGCCCUUUGGCAACCCCCAAAAUUGCCAGGUUCUGGUGUCUGUAUCCUGUGAGCACUGUAUUGCCUGUUGGUUCUUUUGUCAUGUGUUUGCCUUCUGGGUACUAUGGUCACCAAAGACAUCAGCUUUGUCAUGUCGGAACCUACCUGGACACAUGUGAAAAUGCAGCAAAGCGGAGAGGGGGAGACCAAUAUGUGGCUUCUGCCCUAGUGUGGUGGCUACACCCAGCGAACCGCACAUCCCAUGUCUGAUUUCUGGUUGUGCUGCUUGAUGUGUUCUGGAAUGUAGGCAUGCCCACCGAGGACGGUCGAAAUGGCUGACCCAUGGCACCGUGAAAAAUGAGCCGUUUCCUCUAAACCUUUUCCUCCAGCAGGUAUCAUCAGCAUAUUUAAAUUGAUCUUAAAUUUUUAAAGAUUGGCUGAAGAUUUCUGUCUCAUUAGGAAAAAACCAGAACGCGUAAAACUUAAUGUAGCUCAGCACUGCUGUCUUGUUAAUGAACGUAACCUGUUUGAAUACAUUACUCAUUCCCAAAAGUGGCACAGAGCUUACAGAUUCAUGGCUGUGUUAUAAAGGGGAAGGAGACUGCUGUCUAAUCCAAAAAGGACUUUUCAUACUUCUUUUGACUUUGUUUCCUUUUUUGUUGUACACGUCCUAAAUAAGUUGCUCAACUGUGACCCUGUAUUGACUGGCUUCAUGCUGAAUCAGUGUCCAGUCCUGGGGCUGGAAACAAUGUAAGUGUACAGUACUAGAUUUAGGAAUUUCACUAGACGAUGUACCAUGUUAUUUUGUGAACAAUCCUUUUCUGACUUGACGACCACUGUGUACAAUAGCACAAAACUACCAUUCUGGUAUUGCUGUCCUGCACUGGGAUAUUUAAGACUAGAUCGAAGUGGCUGGUUCUGGUGGAGUUCAGGGCCUGCAGUACACCAAUGUUGAGAGUGGUGAUAAAAACCAAAGCCCUAUUUUUAGCUGUAAUGCAACGUCCCAAAUAGAAUCAAGUGCUUUUCUUGCCUUAUUUUUCAGUAUAAAAUCUCACGGGCUCCCGAUGUUGGGUCCCGAACACGUAAGCUGUCAUUCUACGUAUACUUGAGCACAUACCUACAGUCCUCACUUUGCAUAGUGUUAUGCAGCUGGUGUGCUUAGGUGUUUGCAAGACUGGGCCUUCGCAUUGUCCUGCUGCGGUAAUUCUUUCCAUCUCCCUGCUCUUGUUUUUGUAUGAGCUAGACUUGUCCCUGUCAGGGCACGUGCCAACUCGGUAACUGCCAAUACAGUCUGAUGCUCCAUUUCAAGCAUUUGCCAUUGGCGAUUUAAAGCAUUGCUUCAAACAUCACCUCUUUGUUUUAUGUCAAAUGGACUAACAACGCGUACUUUUUAAAAUGAUCUCUAAGGUAGUUCUGUUUGGUUGCCAACUCUAACCCUAAGCAGCACAAGCAUGUAUAUUUUGUAAUGUUUUUUCCAUUUGAAAUCAAAUUUUGCCUACAGAAAAGCUUUUGUUUUGCUACAGUAUGCGGAAAUGCGCGCCAGUUGUAUCCUCCUUGAAUGGUUGUGUGUACAUCUUGCUAUGAAUGGCACAUUAUCUGGCAUACAGUAUGCUCCCAAUGUAUGUUGUUUGUAUCAAGUGACAUGUAUAGAACUAAUUUUAAAUUAAAAUUCUAUAAUUUAGUUUUAAA